AUGCUCAGAGCUCACUCUUUCCUGAGUACUUGGACCCAGAAAAGAAGCAUGAAGUGGCUUGGGAUCCUUGGGCUGGUGGCCCUCUCAGAGUGCCUAGUCAUAAUCCCUCUAACAAAGAUGAAGACCAUGCGAGAAACCCUCAGGGAAAAAAACUUGCUGACAAACUUCCUGUUGAAUAACAAUGACGACAGGUCCCAGAAUGUCGCUCAUGACCCAAAAUUGUCUCUUCAUCCCCUGAGGAACUACCUGGAUCUAGCCUAUGUCGGCAACAUCAGCAUUGGAACGCCCCCUCAGCAGUUCAAGGUCGUCUUUGACACCGGCUCAGCUGACUUGUGGGUGCCUUCCACCUACUGCGACAGUGUCCCCUGCUAUACACACAAUGUCUUCAACCCUCACGUGUCCACCACCUUCCGGCUCUCGGGCAUGCCCGUCGACCUCACCUACGGCUCCGGGAGGAUGGUUGGAUUUCUUGGCUACGACACUGUUCGGAUCGGGAAACUUGUCGAUGUGGUCCAGCCGUUUGCCCUGAGCAAGUCACAGUUUGGGAUGGAGGAUGCACCCUUUGAUGGCAUCCUGGGCUUGGGCUACCGCAGCCUCGCCAUCCAAGGGACCACCCCUGUCUUCGACAACCUGAAGAGACGAGGCGUCAUUUCUCAGCCUGUCUUUGCCUUCUACUUGAGCACCCAGAAGGAGAAUGGCAGCAUGUUGAUGUUGGGUGGGGUGGACCACAGAUACCACAAAGGAAAGCUCCAGUGGAUACCAGUGUCCCAACCCCACUACUGGCAGAUAACCAUGAACCGCAUCACCAUGAACGGUGUGGUUUUUGGUUGUUUCCGCGGCUGCCAGGCCAUUUUGGAUACCGGGACCUCGCUGGUGCUCGGCCCGAGCCGACUGGUCACCGCCAUCCAGAUGCUCAUCAGCGCCAGCCCUGUCGGUCACGAGUAUGCAGUUUCAUGCAGCUACGUGGCUCGCCUGCCUACCAUCAUCUUCAGCAUCAACGGCAACGACUACCCGCUGCCUCCACAAGCCUACAUCAGAAAGAACCUUCGGGGCCAAUGCUUCAGCAACUUUGGAGGGGGCACAGAGAACAUGAGCCACUCGGAGACCUGGAUCCUGGGCGACGUCUUCCUGAGGCUGUAUUUCUCGGUUUACGAUCGGGGAAACAACAGGGUUGGCCUGGCUCCCGCAGUGUAAAGGCUGGGGCCGCUUCAGCAGUCAGGCCCCCUCCAAACACACACUCACUCGCACGUAGGGCACUCCCGCCCAGGGAUGGCGG